GCUCGGGGCGUGUUUGCGUGAUCGCAACUAGAGGACGACAAGAGUCUCGGCUGGCCAACAUUCGGCGGCUCGAAUUUGUACGACGCGUAACACGAGCAAACACAACCCGGCGUGCAUUGCAUCUAUCGGCGUGUGGUCGAGCACGUACCGGGCUUUCAACCAUGAAGCUAUUUUGGGCUGUCGGUGUCCUUGUGUUGAGCUGUUGGCGGGCGAACGCGUCCACAGCGGGCUUCAUCAAGUCUCCUCUCUCCAUCACCAAGCUACUCGACGACAGCGCCGAGCUGCAUUGCGAGGUGAUAGGCAGCCCCAUCCCUGAGGUACAGUGGUGGUUCACAGAGGGCCAGGAGCCCAACGAGACUGCCGUGCAGCUCUUUGACGGGGCACGCGACGACCGCGUGCAAAUAAACGCCACAUACGUCACACACGCAACAAGCACUGUUCACCUCACGAGCCUCGCCCUUGACGACUCAGGCACGUAUGAGUGCCGCGCCUCCAACGACCCCGACCGCAAUGAGCUGAGGAAGACUCCAAAAAUCAAGUGGAUCCGCUCACAAGCGAACAUUAUUGUGAUUGAAACCCCAACCAUCAUCACUGAUCCUACUGAGGUUAACAACCAGACCACAGCUUUGCUAAGCUGCAAUUUGACCGACACCACUCUCGUCGUGAAGGGCUCGUACUGGACGCACAAUGGCAAAGUCAUAGAGACGUCCAAAUCCACGGCCGCCGACCACAGUACGGCCCUGCGAUUGGACAAGAUCACCUACAGCUCUGGUGGAAAGUACGAGUGUGUCUUCCUGAGUGAGCCACAAGUGCAGCAAACAAUUGAAGUCAAAACCCUACCCCACGUAGCACCGUACAAGCACUCUGAGCACGGCAAUGAGAGAGACAAAGGCGUGAUGGUGUGUGUGAGCCAUGGCUACCCACUGCCCACUGACUGGACCUGGUUCAAGGUUCAAGAUGGCGUCCAAGAGCUCAUCAUCAACGGCACCAGCGACAAGUACGAGAUCAAGAGCACCCCCAACAAGACCGUGCUGACCAUCACGAACCUGAGCAUCGAGAAUGACGUGGGCGACUACAUCUGCUCGGGCACCAGCGACAUUGGGACCAACACCGCCCAAAUCCAUAUGCGCGUCCGCAGCCGCCUCGCUGCCCUCUGGCCCUUCCUCGGCAUCGUGGCAGAGGUCAUCAUCCUGGUGACCAUCAUCCUCAUCUACGAGAAGAGGAGAAGGCCUGAUGAGGUUACAGAUGACGACGACUCAGGCUCGGCUCCCGUGAAGAGCAACUCCAACGCCAACCACCAAGACAAGAACGUGAGGCAAAGGAAUUCCAACUAGAAGUUAAAACAGAAGGAUGUCCAAGCGGCAGCCCACGUGUCCAAGCUCUCCACGGCACCUCGUCCCGCAAACCCUGCAAUGUCAAAAGAACUUUUUUUUUUUCUUUGUGCUCGAGUGUUAUUGAUAUUAAGGCUGAAUUCCUCUUGUUUUCUUCUCUAAUAAUCUUAACCAAACCGUGCUGCCCCAGAGAGCAACGUGUAUGACGUGCGUCCUUGCUUGAGGCCAGUGGGCCGCCGUUGCAUGAGUUUCAAUGCCGUCGUAGCAAAGUGUGUCUUCUCGUAACAAAAAAAAAAAAAGAAUAAUCAUUGCAGUGUCCAAAAUGAGGAUCGCUAGUUAGUGCUCGUUUCCUGGCAACCUUUUAACACCUUUAACACCCUUUGCAUCACUGCCAUGUUUUACACUUAUGAUUGGUUGCUUCACAAACUCCUCUCAGAGGGUUUUUGAUUUUGCCUUUUCUCUCUCUCUCUCUCUCUCUCUCUCUCUCUCUCUCUCCUCUCUCACUCACCACUUGGAAAUGUGACUGCAAAGUUAAAGCACUCUGCUUGUUUUUUUUUUUUUUUUUUUUUAUAAACUUGUUUGUUCGAUUAAGAAAAUAUAUAUGAAUUACCAACUGCCAAAAAAAAGUGGGGUGGAGGCGAAUCAUGUCACUGUUAGAAAAAGAACACACAAUGCAUUCUGUCGUGAUUGGAUGUUGCUGUUUCAGAGUUACACAACUACAUAAAGAGCUUACUUAGCCAGAUUUGUGAGUUAGCGAGAACGUCACCAUCUGUUGUACAACUUGCACAAACUGAAUAAAGUGAUGAUUUUA